AUGUCAUCCUCGCUAGCAAGAGCCAGGCCGUCUAGGCGCUCUGCUCCCCGAAGGAGUUAUGUUAUUGAGGAAACAUCCGAGUCAGAAGAUCCUGGCAAUGUGACCCCCACUGCAUCCAACCACAGCGACAACGAUGACGACGACGAAGAUGAGGAAGAAGAAUAUACUCCAGUCCCUGCUAAAAGAGCAAAGAGCGCGUCCCGACGGCGAACGAUGACCGAAGCGACAACACCCACCACCGCGCGCAAGGUACGAAGAACGCGACGGUCGACAACAGCAGAACAAGGUGAUACCUCAGAAGUCAGCAAUGCAAACGAGGAAGGCGACUCCGUCGUCCCCAAGGAAGAGGAACCCGAAUCUCCUUCACAGAAUGCGGCUGCAGCUCUGAAAAGAAAAAGUAUGGCUCAUCCCCGCAAGAGUCGGGUUUCUUCCACGCUCCAUCCGGAAAAGUCCUCAUUGCCAACUCCAGGGCCCUCAGUCUCGCCCGAACCAGAGCCGCGCUCGCAAAGAGGUAGCGUGCCUCCGCUCGCCGAUAUUACCGAAUCUGCGGUAAAUCAGACACCAGCGAAGCCCUCAGACGACCCGAAAUCGCAGAUCUCCAUCAUCAACCCGAAUUCGACGAUCUUGGAGAGACCGAUGGACAUUGUUAUGAAGUCACGCAAUCUGGCACCCCCUGUACCAGAAGAGCCAACUGGACCCAAGCCCCGGUUGAUUAUCACCCACCUGGUUCUGACAAACUUCAAAAGUUACGCAGGGAAACAGAUUGUAGGUCCUUUCCAUGCUUCAUUCUCCUCUGUUGUCGGGCCCAAUGGAUCCGGCAAAUCGAAUGUCAUCGAUUCGUUGCUGUUCGUAUUCGGAUUCCGAGCAAGCAAAAUGCGACAGGGCAAAAUAUCGGCUCUGAUCCACAACUCCGCGAACUUCCCCAACCUACCAUUCUGUGAAGUUGAGGUUCACUUUCAGGAAAUCCUCGAUCUGCCAGGUGGAGAACACGAAGUCGUCCCAAAUUCCCAACUGAUGAUAUCCCGCAAAGCAUUCAAGAACAACACCAGCAAAUACUACAUGAAUAACAAGGAGACAAACUUCACGGCGGUGACGACUCUGCUUCGAGAGCGAGGUAUUGAUCUUGAUCACAAGCGAUUUCUCAUUCUUCAGGGCGAAGUCGAGUCCAUCGCUCAAAUGAAGCCCAAGGCCGCAAACGAACACGAAGACGGACUGCUCGAGUAUCUCGAAGAUAUCAUCGGGACGUCCAAAUACAAGGCUCCCAUUGAGGAGGCAGCAGCCGAAUUGGAACAGCUCAACGACGUGUGUGUUGAAAAAAACAAUCGUGUUCAGCACGUCGAGAAGGAAAAGACUGCGUUGGAAGACAAGAAGAACAAAGCUUUGGCCUACAUUCAGGACGAGAAUGAGUUGGCCCAGAAGCAGUCGGCCCUUUACCAAAUUUACAUCGAUGAGUGCGCUGACAAUAUUCGGGUCACUCAAGAAGCGAUCCUGCAGAUGCAAGAGCUCUUGAACAUGGAGCUCGAGAAGCACGAGGGUAACCAAUCCGGUAUCAAAGAACUGGAGAAAGCUUACAAACGUGGUAUGCGGGAGUAUGAGAAUAUGGAGAAGGAGCUGCAGGGCUUGAUGAAGGAGAUGGCGAAGUACGACAAAGAAUCAGUCAAGUUCGAAGAGAAGAAAAAAUUCUUGUUGGGCAAGCAAAAGAAACUCGAGAAGUCCAUGCAAGCUGCUCGUCUUGCCGCCUCCGAGUGCGAAAGCUUGGUGCAGAAACAUACCGAUGAUAUCAACAAGAAAACAGCUGAGACUGCCGAGCUUGAAGAGGAGAUGAAGGCAGAAGAGGAAGAGCUGUCCACAAUUCGAGAAGGUUUGAAGGGAAAGACCCAGGGUCUUUCUGAUCAGAUAGCUGCUAAGCAGAAGUCCUUGGAGCCAUGGGAUGAGAAAAUCAACAAGAAGCUUUCCGCUAUCGCUGUGGCCCAAAGUGAGCUCGACAUCCUCCGCGAACGAAGCAAUGCAGGGGCUGUACAACUAGAAGAAGCGCAGUCCAAGGUCACAUCUAUCGAGGAGACACUAGCGACCAAGCAAACCGAUCUUGAGGAGCGCAAGGCUCAAAAAGCUAGUCUCGAAGAAGAAGUCGCCAGUCUGAAACAGGAUCUCAAGAAAUUUACCAGCAGAGAGACUGAGGUUCGUGCGCAUGUUUCUAGCGCCCGACAGAAGGCCGAGGAGGCCAGAGCUAGCCUCGCAAGCACCCAGAACCGCGGCAGUGUUCUGGCUGGUCUUAUGCGUCUCAAGGAGUCUGGUCGUAUUGAUGGUUUCCAUGGCCGCCUUGGUAACCUUGGAACCAUCGACGAGAAAUACGACGUUGCUAUAUCGACUGCUUGCCCUGCAUUGGACAAUAUGGUGGUUGACACCGUCGAGGUCGGUCAGCAAUGUAUAGAUUAUCUCCGCAAAAACAAUCUCGGCCGCGCCAAUUUCAUUCUGCUCGAUCGUCUUCCCCGACGCGACAUGUCUCCAAUCUUUACUCCUGAGAGUGUACCAAGGUUAUUUGACCUGGUGAAGCCCAAGGAUCCGAAGUUCGCGCCUGCGUUCUACAGUGUUAUGCAGAACACACUGGUCGCCAAAGACCUGGAACAGGCCAACCGCAUUGCUUACGGUGCUAGACGGUGGAGAGUAGUCACUCUUGACGGCCAGUUGAUCGACGUGUCAGGAACCAUGAGCGGAGGCGGCACUCGAGUUGCCCGAGGUGGCAUGUCCUCGAAGCAGGUGGCUGAGGUGAGCCGGGAGCAGGUUUCAAAGCUAGAAUCCGAUCUCGAAGAGAUGGAGAGGAAGUUCCAGAACUUCCAGAAUAAACAGAAACACGUGGAGGCUGCCAUCAGAGAGAAGACGGAAGAGAUCCCUCGUGUCGAGACGAAGAUCCAGAAGAUCAUGAUAGAGAUUGAGAGCGCAAAUCGCAGUCUUGCGGAUGCUCAGCGGAGAGUCAAGGAAUUGAGCGUCGCACACAAGCCGUCAAAGGCUGACGCUAACCAGGCCGAGCAGCUUGAGGCCCAAAUUGCCGCCCUUGAGGAAGAAAUCGAGGAUCUCCGAGCCCAAAAGAGCGGAAUUGAGGAAGAAAUCCAGACUCUCCAAAACAAGAUCAUGGAAGUUGGCGGUGUUAGGCUGAGAAGUCAAAAGGCGAAGGUCGACGGGCUAAAGGAACAGAUCAGCCUCCUCGCAGAAGAGAUUUCUAAUGCAGAAAUCGGAAAAUCCAAGAAUGAGAAGCUAAUCAUGAAGCAUCAGAAGGCUCGCGCGGAAGCAGAAAGGGAGCUGAAACAGGUCGCGGAAGGCCUCGAGAAGCUGAACGCCGACGUCGAGAACCAAGCAAAUGACGCAUCCGGUUGGAAGCAGGGAGUGGAAGAGGCACAAGAGGCCUUGGAGACGAAGAAGGGAGAACUCAAGACACUCAAGCAAGAACUGGACGAGAAAGUGGCUGAAUUGAACGAAACCCGGGCCACAGAGAUUGAGAUGCGCAACAAGCUGGAAGAGAAUCAGAAGGCAUUGACAGAGAACGAGAAGCGCCAGCGAUACUGGUCCGAGAAACUCGCGAAGCUCACCCUUCAGAACGUGAGCGAUCUAGGCGAGGAGCAGCAGCCUACGGAACUCCAGAUGUACACCAAGGACGAGCUCUCGGAAAUGAACAAGGAGUCUCUGAAGGCAGUCAUUGCUGCGCUCGAGGAAAAGACCCAGAACGCCUCCGUGGACCUGUCUGUGAUUGAGGAGUACCGCCGCAGAGCGGCUGAGCAUGAGUCUCGCGCCGCUGAUUUGGCCACGGCUCUGGCAUCUCGUGAUAGCGCCAAGGCUCGACUUGACGGUCUCCGAUCCGCUCGUCUGAAUGGGUUCAUGGAGGGAUUCGGCAUUAUCUCCUUGCGUCUGAAAGAAAUGUACCAGAUGAUCACCAUGGGAGGUAACGCUGAAUUGGAACUGGUCGAUUCGCUAGAUCCAUUCUCGGAGGGUAUCUUGUUCUCCGUCAUGCCUCCGAAGAAGAGUUGGAAGAAUAUUGGUAACUUGUCCGGUGGUGAGAAGACGCUCUCUAGUUUGGCGCUCGUCUUUGCGCUGCACCAUUACAAGCCGACUCCUCUCUACGUGAUGGACGAGAUUGAUGCUGCUUUGGACUUUAGAAACGUCUCCAUUGUGGCCUCCUACAUCAAAGAGAGGACCAAGAACGCGCAAUUCAUUGUCAUCUCGCUGAGAAACAAUAUGUUCGAGCUUGCCUCCCGACUUGUCGGUGUUUACAAGGUUAGCCAUAUGACGAAGAGUGUGACGAUCGAAAACAAAGACUACAUCACAGGGCGAUAA